AUGAUAAAAAAUGGAGAUAAAAAACUUGUAGCUCUUACUUUGGAAUAUAUUGAAGGCCUAGAAAAUAAGUUAAUACCGAUGACAAGCUUUGAUAAAUCUCUCCAGAAAAGAUUUAUUACUAAUAUAAGGGUCAUCAGUGUUAAAAUUGAUGUUGUCAAAACAAUUUGUCGUGGUGUUACUGAGGAAAUGAUAAUGAAUCUAGAAUAUAAUAAUCCCUUAUUAUCAUAUGUGAUUGAUUUUUCAAAUCUAUCCAAAGAAAUUAAAGAUGCAUUUGACGAGCAAGCACUAAUUGCAAUGACAGCUCCACCAAUAAAAUUCCAUCGAGACAUGGAUCCUACUUCAGAAAAAUAUCUUGAAUACUUGUUCAAAAACCAACAAAAGGAAACCCGUGAACAGUUAGAUCGAAUAAUGGUACCAUUUCAUACGUCUUUACAAGCAAAGAAGGCAGAUACCUGGAUUAAAAUGAUGAUUGCAAAAAAUCUCCAUGAAAUUGUAUUUGCUGAAACAUCAGGGUCACCUUUUCAGGCUAUCUGUACUACUAAAAAAGUGUAUAAUGAUAAAU